ACGCCAAACUCCCCACGUUGCAAUAAACGAACAUCAAUACAAGCUUCCCAUCUCCAAAAUUUUCAGACAAACCCCCAAAUUUCCACUUUAAAAAUCCAAAACAAAUCCCCAAAACCCAGUAAUUAGCAAAAAAUAGAAACCAUGAAUCAAUCAGAUUACUCAUACGGUUCGCUCCCAAACGAUAUAGCUCUCAAAAUCGCUUAUUCGCUUGAGGUGCCGGAUCUUUCCUCCUUGAGUUGCUGCUCUCGGGUUUGGCGAGAGAUAUGCGGGUCGGAUUGUUUAUGGGAAUCACUUGUCAAAGAAAGAUGGAGUCUUUUGUAUGAAACUGUGAAAGACCCUAACUUCAAGGAUUGGCGGGGAUUCUAUGUAAAGCAGCACGAAGAGAAGAAGGCUCAGGCUGCAUCUGUUGUUAACGUGGUGGAACAUUGCUCACAAUCCGAGUCACUUGAGAUUCUCGACUAUCUGCAAGCGAUUGAAUGCCUGAAAACAAUGCAUUUUGGAUUCAAAGAUGUUCAAAUGCUGCUCUUGAGACCAAGGCUGAAUGUUCUGCUUAACUUAAUCGGACUAAAUUACUGCCUUAACAUCCUUCAAGUGCCGCACCUGAGUUUACAGGCUGUUCAUAUCGUGGAAGCACUUCGGAACAGUAAGAUAGCCGACCGUCAAGUUUUUGUCCAAUGGUGGAAGCCUGGGAGAUGGUUCUAUGGCUUCCGCAUCCGAAAUGAUUCUUUCCGUUGUGUCUCUCUUGAAGAUCUUGCGGUGGAAAAAGACGAGGAGGUUCUGGCGGUCCUCGAACCAGAAACUACUCAUGAGCUUUUGACAACAGUUCAGAUAUCCGUUGUUAAUUCCACGAGCAAUCUCCAGGCUAGCCAAAGCUCACCGUGACUGUGAUUGUAGGCAGCCAGACGUUUUUCAGGUGAUGUACAUAUAGUGUUCAUUUCAUAACGUUAUAAUUCUAUCUUACGGGACUCGAGUUCAAGCAUAAGUAUCCGAUACAGAUAUGCCGUUGACGCAGGUUUCUUUAGUAUUUGUAAGUUUUCUAUGAUUUUCUAGUAUCUUUAGAGGGUCAUCUCUCUACGAAUACUUCAAUAAAAUUUUCUAGAAUUUGUGAUAUUCAAGCAAAGCUGAAAAUUACCAGAUAGAUUAAACACAUGCACAAACAGUAGAUUGAAUCCAAACAGAAAAUUUCUCCAGAAAAUUAAACGAAUAGCUUGUAUAGAUUCUUACAAAUGAUCUAUUUAUCUCCAUUUUUCUGGAUCGAAGCAUUCAUCGGUAUCGGUAAACAGCAUAAACAGUUGAUCGUGGCCGAGGGUUGCAGAGGGCCAUCAA